CAUUGAUGAGCUUGAUGAGGUGAAACGAAAAGGCGUUGACGGCGCACAGUUCCCUGACACUGCAAAGUACGCUCUGCGACAUGGAGUUCAACACAUGCUACAACUAGAGGAUGCGKGAGUAUACAGCCUUGAGGACGUUGUUACAAAAUUUGUUUUGGACAUAGAGCUUGUGUACGCAAAGUUGUGUGUGAAUGUUACACUGGCGUUUGAAGACGUGGUUUGUGUUCAGAAGCAAGUGGGCAUCGAAAAAUGUCAUGGCGCCCUUAACACUUUGUUGGUGUUGUUACGAAAGCAUAUUGCCAGAUUAGAAAUACUUCCUCACACCAUCUUUCAAACCUUGUUGAACGAGGGCGGACCUGAACUGUCAUCUCAAGCUUUAAACCUUUUAGAGACGAAAUAUUCUGAAAUGGCGUAUAUGGAAUACUUGCACAAGAAGGACCUGCAGGGGCGUGUUCAAGCCAAAUUUGAAUGUUCAGCUACCGUAGUUUGUUUUGAUGUUUCACCGCGGUUAGACUACAUGGUGUGCGAAUGUGACGAUAACACGAUACAGCUAUGGUCACUCUAUACCGGCCAGCAGUUAUGGAAACGACGUGUGAGGGUAAGGAAGUGUUACUACCACUACUAUGAUGACUUUGAUGAUUGUCCUAUCUACGCACCAUACAGGGCAACGAAAAAUUACUACGGUCCUCCCCAGUCAUUGUACCGCUCAGUAGUGUUUCAUCCUACUGAGGACCUUGUCUUACCAGGAAUCCUCGCCCUUGCGUACACGUUUGACGGGGACCUGAAACCACUUUUUCCUUCAAGCAAGUGUCGUUUCUCGGUCUGUUCAAUCUCUGCAGACAAGAUCAAGAUGCUAACUCAUUGCCCCAGCGAUGCUAAAUCAAUUAUCAUGUGGAGUCUGACAGAUGGCUCAGAGAUAAAUCGUUUCAUAUGGAGUGACGAGAUUUUGUCAUUUGCUUGGUCUCGCGAGGGAAGACUGCUAGCACUUUCUGACGUUUCUGGUUCAAUUGGUUUGCUUGACGUAAUGGAUGAUUAUAGAACUCUAGCACAGAGAACUAUUCCAGAAGUAUGCGGAAUGAUAAAGUUCUCCCCUGACUGUCGAUACCUUCAUUGCUUGGUUUUCAAGAGUGCUAGGACGGAUCUCUUUCGUUUAGACGUCAAGAUGGAAAAUGACGGCACCUUUUCUUUAGAUGUUUUUCCUGAUCAAGUGCUUUAUCAGCCGUGGGAAUUUGAAUCGUGUAGUGAGACCGGAUUUUUAUUAGGAGAUCCUUUUUACUCUUCAUUUGAAAGAGAUACCUUGCUCCCAGGACUUGCUUUUGUGCUGAAUAAACAAUCUGUAUUGAGAGUUUCUAAUCGUGAUUACAUCGUAGAGAUGUUGCAGCUUGAUGAACUGACGAAAGAUAGUGCAAGAGUUUUAAUGACUAUUGUGACGAAUGUCGUAUUAUCAUUGAUUGGUGACACACUGUUUUUUAUCACUACAACAGAUGGCAGUCCAGCAACACUUAUGGGUUGGGACAUUUCAAGUGGCAUGUUCAAACCUGGAAAAAGAGUUUUUGAAGACCCUGGUUGGCUCAGUGCAUAUAAUCUUGUAGCUGUAAGAGAAGGUGUUUUGUUGCAAACCAGGCGCGACACCCUUGAGCUAUGGAAUUUUGAGUUGUCUGAGUGCAUCCGAAGUUGGACUGACUUAGAGUUCCUCACUGAAGUAAUCCCCAUAUCAGAAGAUCGAGUGGCCUUUGACGGAGGGAGGAAAGUCAUCAUUGUGGAUACAACCAGGGAAGGCAUUCUGUCAACAAUUCCUAUUCAUGGUCGUUUUAUUGCAUGUAACAGUAAAUGUCACGUGAUAACCACUGAUCAUGGGGAAUUGCAGAUGCAAUGUGGAGACAAAGUACUCUGGAAGAUGUCCCUGCUUUCCAAAUCUUUUCGCUUUUCUCCAUGCAUGGCAUUUUCUCCUACUGAACAGUAUUGCGUACUUGCUGGACGCGAGGAAUUUUCCGAAAACCUUUACGUCCUCGAUUUAGUUUUAGGAAAAACACUGUGCACAUUACGAUCAUGUAUUCGUGAGCUCUGGUUUACCGUAUACCAAAAUUGCAAGUUUGUUAGUGACGAGGAGUGCGUUGCCUGCUUCAGUAAUGAAUUAACAGGUCAUUUUCUUCAGCUGUUUAAUGUUAAGUCAGGUGACCUGCUGAGUGAAAUUGCUCUGGAAAGCCGUGUGUACAGUUUAGCAGCUUGUCCUCAUAAGCGUCUUAUCGCCAUUGGCUUUGAAGAUUCCAAUGUGAAUUUCAAAGUUCUUCAGGUGAAGUUGCCAGGAGAUAAACACAGCAGGAAUAGCAAAAGGAUCAAGCCUAGAGAGUGAUAAGAGUACACUGCAGGUAGUUGGAAUUUCCAGACGAAUCCACUGACUGGAUGAUGUAGUAGUAAACUGAUCGAGUACCAGCCAGUUGAGCAAGAAGAGGACAGACUUUGUACUAGAAGAAUUAGAAGAACGUGUAAGGUGCGCAGGACCAAAGAAUCGCGCGAUCCUUCGGUCACGAAUUCUUUCUAUGAACUUCUGUGAGAACUGAAAGGUUUAAAAUUGCGAAAAAGA